AUGGCAACGAAUCAGUCAUCGAAAACUCUGGAACACAAAGACGGGCUGCUCCUAGACUUCAGUGAUACGGAUAUGUGGAUUCUAGAGCUGUUUUUCAACGUGUGUAUCGGCAUACCGUUGAGUGUCCUUGGAGUUGUGGUCAACAUUUUAAACCUGCUGGUCUUGUCACGACACAACCUGAAGGAAACCACCAACAUAAUGUUGCUGUCUCUGUCUUCAUUAGAUCUGUUCUAUUCUUUCACGUCGAUUUUCAUUCGAUUGCCCAGUCUUAUAAAACUUUUCGACCAAUACUAUGCUAUAACAUUUGACGCUUUCGCAAAUGUCGUUGUUUUAAUGCCCAACUCAGUUUCUUUUGUGAUCACAAUUUUCCACGUCACAGCUAUAGCUAUAGAGAGAUUAAUAGCCGUGUUGUUUCCCUUUCAUGUAUCUCGUAUAUUCACACCCUACAGAGUCAAAUGGAUGUUGCUUGGUUUAUACCUGUUCGGAUCUGUGCCUGUUUGUCCGUACUACUACCGACUUACGUAUAAAUGGAUAUUUAUUCCAAACCAAAACAUUACAAUAGCAGUUUGGACUUUCACAGAUUUUUACAUAAAGAACGUGGACAUCGUACUACCGUACGUGAGUUAUUUUAUCAACAACACCACGACAACCAUUCCGAUUAUUUUAAUUCUCAUCAGCGGAAGUUUAAUCAUCGGCCAGCUGAUCAGACAGAGAUCUAAGGAGACGCUGAGCAAGGCGUCGAAACAGAAGAAGGAGAUGAAGGUGGUGAAGAUGUUGAUGACGGUGUGUGCUGUCAGCUUCUUUAUCCUGGUGCCAGAGUACAUCAUCCACACCUACCUGACGUACCACUACUACGAAAUGUCAAACAAUGCCUUUAUUUUAAUAACGCUGCUCAUUCAACUUCUGUACCAGCUUAACUCUUGCGUCAACUUUUUUAUUUACAUAACAAUGAGCUCCAAGUUUGCCGAUACGUAUAAAGCAUUGGUCAGUUCAAAAUUUAGCAAAAAAGUUAAAUAUGAUCAAAAUUAA